GGUCGCCUCGGCAACUGCCAUCAAUUCCGUAAACAAAGACACGCAUUGUCGUGCCGAGGGUCGCGUGAAAAAAAUUUCCUCGACCGAGGGUCGCACGUUUGAUACACGAAGAUGUGAAUGCACCGCGACGGCUCGCACUUGUCUCCGCGUCCGCCCGAAAGACUCUCUCACGUGCGAAGACUCUCCCUCGUUCCGGGACUACGUCUUCAACGACCUGAGGGUUCCGUCGACGGCGCCGCUGCUGCGACAAUGUCGGGGAAAAAGGCUACGGAGAAGGUCUCCGAGAUUGAUGCACAUAUCAACAAACAAUACGACAUUGUGCGACGUCUCGGCAAAGGGGCUUAUGGUAUAGUAUGGAAGGCAAUCGAAAAGAAAAGGAAGGAUACCGUAGCGGUGAAGAAGAUCUUCGACGCCUUCAGAAAUCAGACGGAUGCGCAGCGUACGUUUCGCGAGAUUAUGUUCUUACUGUCGUUCGCCAAUCACGAGAACAUUAUAAAGCUGAUUGGACUGCAUAAGGCGGACAACGAUCGGGACAUUUACCUCGUUUUCGAGUACAUGGAAACCGAUCUCCACAACGUCAUUAAGCGGGGCAACAUCCUCAAGGACAUCCAUAAGGUCUUCAUUAUGUACCAACUUUUUAAGGCGAUCAAAUACAUACACUCAGGCAACGUUAUCCACCGAGACUUGAAGCCAUCCAAUAUUCUUUUAAAUGCGCAAUGCCAUUGUAAGAUUGCCGAUUUUGGUCUGGCACGCUCGGUUACACAGAUCGGCGAAGGUGAUGGUGAGACGGGAAGUGAUCCAACUUUGACGGACUACGUCGCUACAAGGUGGUAUCGCGCACCAGAGAUUCUGAUAGCUUCAAAGAGGUACACAAAGGGGAUAGAUAUGUGGUCUUUAGGUUGCAUUCUCGGCGAAAUGUUACUUGGGAAGCCACUCUUCAUAAUGAUAACUUUGCCUCCACCGACAGACGAAGAUCUAAUAUCGGUCAGUGCCGGUUAUGGAACUAAUUUAUUGGAAAAGACACCUAACAGACCCAGAAGAACUUUAAAAGAUUUGUUGCCAGAAGUGUCGGAGAAAGCUUUGGACCUUAUCAGCAAUUUGAUAGUCUUCAACCCCACGCAACGGUUUACGGCAGUCGAAACAUUAGAACAUCCAUAUGUCGCUGAUUUUCACAGGAGAGGAAACGAACCGGAAAGAGGCUCCAGUGUCAUACCGUUGUUAAGUGACGAUGUGCAACUCUCAGUCGACGAAUAUAGAAAUAAGCUCUAUGCGAUGAUGGACGAAAAACAUCGGAAACAUAAAAAUAUGUCAAAAUCCAGGCUGCGGCGAUUGUCUGAAAGCAUUAGGAAGGAAACCAGAAACCCGGUGAUCGGCCAAGGUGACACGAUUGUCGCGUGCUCGUCAUUGCCAAGCAAAAAGACAAUCAGGCCGUCUCAAGACGAUAAUAUUCCACGAGGCAUUACAAGAACACAGAUGAUAAACAAUUCCAUAGAGCCACCAGCACAGGAGACCUUAACAAAUACCCGGCAUAAUGUUAGGAACGUGGCGACACAGUACGCAUGUAAUUUGACGAACGGAAACAUACCCCCAGCAACGGCAAAAAGUUGCUUCUACUUUAAUCAGCAGCAGCUGUCGAAAUCCCAGCGUUCCAUUCAAUCAGAUCAGAUGGCUAUGUACGGCUUCAGAGGCAGAUCAAACCAAUUAACAGCAACAGCACAACGCAUCAAACCGCGAAGAGUCAGCAGGCAGCAAAUCUUUACACAGGCGCCAAGGCCCUUCACCUCGGCAUCUGCUAAUUGUCGCGGCGACAAUCAUUGGCCUAAAAAGAUGCCGACAAAGCUGAUCAGGAUCAGCGACAGUCCGAACACAAUUAAACAACCCAGCAACGUUGCAAGGACUGUCGUCAGGACCAUGGACGUUAGGACUACAGGAGUUAGCAGUCCAGAAUCGCCAUGUAUUGGUCACCAAUCACAAGCCAUCCGCAACUAUUUCAAUCAGGUGCCGUUGCUGACUCAGCAGCAACCUCAAGUGCGAAAUCUCACCUCUUGCCGCGGUAGGGAUAACAUCGUCAACAAAUCUUUCGCCGUGGAUACUGUGACAACCAACAAUUGCUUUAAAAAUGCAACGCGCGGACAAGGCAACAGAUUACACGCGAAGCACAGCUUCGACGCCAGCUACGUCGGUCAGAAGAGACCGUCGACGACGUGCAACAAGUCGAGGUUUCUGAACAGCCACAGUCAGAGUCAUGGCGUGAUAGCGGAAUCGGUUUACAAAGAUCUCUGUAAUGGGACUAUAGGAUGGUGAGUGUGCGGCGGGUAGGCUUCGCCGAGGAUGAAGAACAACGAUCAGAAAAUCAUGCGACGAUCGCUUUACUUUUCUUUCGAGAAGAUCCAGAUGGAGACGGAAUAUUCAAACCGAUCGUGCACACGAAUUCUUUUCAGCGAGAUUUUUUUUCGCGAGAAAGAUGAUAUGUUCUCGAGCGUCUCGGGGAUCUUUACACGCGGAGUAUGUGGACGGAAUUCGGAAAAAAUCUGUAGUUGAAACUCUUUCAACUUACAAUUAAGCCGAUACGGACACAAAA